GCGUGAUAAGCAUGGCUAUUUCCAAAAGACUUCUACUCAACCUUAUAAUAGUGGCGAUAUGCUGCUGUUGCACCGUUAUCAGUCGCACCGUGCCUGAGGGUCGCAUCUAUGGCGGUCAGAAUGCGCGUGAAGGACAAUUUCCCUACCAAGUAAUGGUGACACGCUCACGCAAUGGUUAUCUCACGGUCUGUGGUGGUGCUAUCAUCUCGAGAAAUUAUGUGCUUACAGCUGCGCAUUGCAUAGAUAGAGACUCGGUAGCAACAGAAUAUUCGGUGCGUGCCGGCACUGUGAAGUUUAACGCGGGCGGUGUAGGGCGUCAAGUGGCGGAGGUGAAAAUACAUCCUCAAUAUCAAUCAUUUGACUAUGACGUUGCUUUACUGCGUUUAAGUAGGCCAUUGGACUUUAAUGAUAAAAUUAAAUCGAUUCCGCUUGCUAAGAAAGAUGUUCCCGUGAACACACCAACCAUAGUAAGCGGCUGGGGUGGUAUUGCGUCGGGUGGUCUUGCCAAUACCUUACAGUACAACACAUUGUAUACCUUGAGCCAUAGAGUGUGCGUCCAGCGUUUGAAUACAAUUGCGAACUCAAUGCGUUGCCUCGGCAAGAGUGCAGGUAAUGGUAUUUGUGGUGGCGAUUCUGGUGGUCCAGCAGUUGCCAAAGGUACUCUAAUCGGUAUAUCGUCUUUCAUUGUUAACGGUUGCGCUAGUAGUCUCCCGAAUGGUUUUUCUGAUGUGGUAUAUACAAGAGAUUGGAUUCGGAAGAAUUCAGAUGCACCUUAAAUGACUUGAACCCAACGAGAUACUAUUGUACGAGUAAAUUAAAAUCUUAAUAUCAGCUUAUAAAAAUUUUACUUUUAUUUGUUGACAAAAAAAAACUAACAAAAAUAGUUGAUUCGAACAUGGCAUCACUCUUCCCAACAGUUUUUCAAUAGCUUCUCAAUAGUAACUCAACAGCAAAGUAUAAAUUUGAUAAUCUAAUAACCAAAAAACGAUUAAUUGUUAAACUUCAGUCCUUCUUUGUUGUACCAUUUGCUCACCAGAUAUGAAAGUAAGGCCAAUUACUUGGCGAGUAAAUAAGUAACGAGUAUAAAGAAAAUGUUGAGAAAUGCAAUGCCAAGGCUUUUAAAUAAUCAUAAGUGAUUUUAUUUAGAUCUACUGAACUGAUUAUGCAGUGAUGGUUUGAGCAAAGCUGGAAGUUAAAAAUUAUAUUAGAAAAUGUCGAACACCAAAGGUGUAUUUAAGAUUUUCCUAAAUAAAAUUUUGAGAUUAGUAAGAGAA